AUGGGGGCGCCGGCGGUGCCGGGGGCUGCGCGUCGGGCGGCCGGGGCGGCGGGGCUGGUGCUGCUCUACUACGCCUUCUCCAUCGGCAUCACCUUCUACAACAAGUGGAUCAUGAAGAGCUUCUCCUUCCCACUCUUCAUGACGCUGCUGCACCUGUUGGUCAUCUUCCUGCUCUCGGGCCUGGCACGGCGCUGCUGCUUCUGUGGCCCGUGCGUGGGGGGUGGCCCGCUCCCCGUCAAGCGGCCUGCGCGGCCCCUCCUGCCCUGGGCCACCUACCUCCGCCGCGUGGGCCCCGCAGCGCUGUCCACGGCCUUGGACGUGGGGCUCAGCAACUGGAGCUUCCUCUACAUCUCCAUCUCCCUCUACACCAUGACAAAGUCCUCAGCCGUCCUCUUCAUCUUGUUCUUCUCUUUGAUCUUCAAGCUGGAGGAGCCGAGGGCGGCGCUGCUGGUGGUGGUGGUGCUCAUUGCCGGGGGCCUCUUCCUGUUCACCUACAAGGCCACGCAGUUCGACGCGGAGGGCUUCUCCCUGGUGCUGGGCGCCUCCUUCCUGGGCGGCAUCCGCUGGACGCUGACGCAGAUGCUUCUGCAGAAGGACGAGCUGGGGCUCCAGAACCCUAUAGACACCAUGUUCCACCUGCAGCCGGCCAUGUUCCUGGGACUCUUCCCCCUCUUUGCGGCCUUUGAGGGCCUGCGCUUGUCUGCCUCGGAGAAGCUGUUCCGUUUCCACGAAGUGCAGCUGCUGCUGAGCCAACUGGGCAAGCUCGCCCUGGGGGGGCUGCUUGCCUUUGGCCUGGGCUUCUCCGAGUUCCUCUUGGUGUCGAGAACCUCCAGCCUCACCUUGUCCAUCUCCGGGAUUUUCAAGGAAGUCUGCACGGUGCUGCUGGCUACGCAUCUCCUGGGAGACCACCUCAGCCUGCUGAACUGGCUCGGCUUUGCCGUCUGCCUCCUGGGCAUCUCUCUGCACGUGGCCCUGAAGGCCCUCGGUGCCCGAGGGCCCAAGAGCGCAAAGCCACACAAGGAGUCCGGCUCCCGCUCAGACUUGGAGUUGCUGCUGCUGCAUCACCAGGAGGAAGAAGAGGCUGAGGCUGCUGCUGCUGCUCAGCGCUGAGGGGGCCGAGGCUGAGCACCAUCCUGCCAGCCCCGUGUGCCGCGAGCGAGGCGUGGGCCUUCGGGGCUGGGUCUCUCCGCAGGAGCAGGGCAGCCUGAUUUGGGAAGCCGGGCGGCUUGUGCCUGGGCCUCAAAAAGCGGCCAGAGCCAUGGUCCUCCGAUGUCAUGGGAAGGAGCCGGAGGAUCGGGGCCUGGGGAGGCUGGCCGGGAGCCCCCCAGGGUUUGCAGAGCCAGCCUGGAUGAGCCACGCUGUGCCAACCUGCGUGCCUUGUGGGAGGAGGGGUGGCUUCUGGCCCCAGGCCAUCCUUGCAGCAGGGGACUCCUUCCUCUGGCUGAGAGGUGGAGGCUGUGCACGUUCCAGCCAGAUGCUUCACGAAGAACUGGGCGGAGCGCAAGGCCCAUGCGCCCCUCUCCCUGCAGCACAGCAGCCGCUUUGUUGCUGCUGCUGGAUUUUGCAUCAGCCCCAGAAGUCUGGGCACUUGGAAGUCAUCCUGCCCCGGGCGCUCCAGGCCCCUGGGACGCCAGUUUGGAAGUGGGCCUGGGAGGGGGUGUGGGACUCCUGCUGGGGGGCAGGUUCCUAAAGAAGCCAAGCUGCCCCUGAAUGGCUGUUCCCAGGGGGGAGGGACACGGAUGGACAACGCCUGGGCGAUUCACGCACAGAGCGCGGCCUCCAAAGGGCCCCGCGUGGCAUCAGGCUCUGUGAUUGCUGACCACGUGGGAGGGCAGGAGAGCAGGCAGCCCUUCCACCUCUCUGGGAAUACCCUUAGAAAGGGCUCCGCAUCGUUUGGCCAUCCUUGAAAGGGCCGGGGGGCCUUGGUGGUGCCGUGUUGCACUUUGGAGAAGCCCAAGUGAUUGCGAGGAUGAGCUGGCUGCGAGGUGCGUCCUCUCACGCCAAGGUCUGUCCCUAUCUUCCACCCAUGAAUUCUCCUAGCAGAAGGAGCUGGGGGCCACCGCCUCCCCCCGCCCCACGUGUGUUUCUCCCAGCCGCUUGUCGGCGGGGGGUAGGAUCCCAUUCUUGCUUCUCUUCCCUCCUUCACCGGGCUCAUUUUCCCAGCCGCCAAAAUGUUUCUGGAAUGGGGCAGAGGGGGCUUCUGUUGUGGGAGUCCCCCUCUCCUGGGCCACUUCCACAUCUGUCCUUUUCCAGUGGGGGCUCAGAAGUGUCUGCCGUGUUCGCUAGGCCGGCUGCUCCACCUGUUCAUCCCGUGGCAGCGUGGCCUCUACCAUUUGUAAGGACACAGGCGAAUCCAGCGCCCCCUCCCCGGCAGUGGCUGAUCUGUACGCCACCCUGAGAUCUUAAUGAUACAGGGCGGGAUACGACUGUUUAAAUAAAUAAUAAUAAUAAUAGAUGCCUCUGCGAAGCCCACAAGCAGGACGUGAUGAAGGCGGUGGUCCUCUCCAGCGGCUGUGCCUCGCUGCCUGUGUCAAUUCAGCCACAUUGUGGCCCCGAAUCUGGAAUGUCUGUAGAGCCAACGUGACAGGCAGCCAUUGAUAGCCGCCGUCUCGUCCUCCAUGAAUUUGUCCAACCCCCUGUUAAAGGCAUCCAAAUGGGUGGCCGUCAUUACAUCUUGCGGUAGCGAAUCCCGUCGUUUAACUCCGGGCUGUGUGAAGAAGCCCUCGCUUUUAUCUGCCCAGAACCUCCCACCAAUCAGCUUCAUGGGAUGAGCCCAAUGGGUUCUAGUAGUAGAAAGAGAAAUCUCCCUAGAAAGAGAAAUCUCUCCCUAUCCGUUUUUCUGUACAUCGUACAUAAUGUUAUAAACCUACACCCUUGGUCGUCUUCUCUGACCUAAAAAGCCUCCAAAGGCCUUUUCUUAUCAGAGAGCUGCUUGAGCCCCUUAAUAAUGUUGCCCUUUUCUGACUGCGAUAUCCUUGUUUCUCUUUCUAAAAUGGGACAGUGGGAAUUGCAUGGCUGUAUUUCACUGCUGCUGCCACCGCCGCACACCGCGUCCGUGAUUUCAUUAAGCUAUCAGCCAAAAUCCCAGGGUCGCUUUCCGGGUUCAGCCAUUUCCACUUUGUGUCUCAUCAACGUAUAUGAGGUUCGGAUGCCCCUCCCCGCCCCCCAACAUGCAACGAUGCGUCACUUCAUACUUGCAGCUCCCACUUCGUCAUUUUGUGGCCUACCUGUUUAGAGCCCCUGCUGCAACCUGACGUCAUGUGCUGCCCUCAGCAAACCUGUUCACCUCGCUGCUCACCUGUAAGUGCAAUUAAUGACGGAGUGAGAAAGCCCCGGUCCCCAUGCUGGUCUUUGAGGCAGCUGCUGUUUACGUUGCUGUAUUGCAAGAAUUCUUCUUUGGUUCUGAGUCUCUGGGACCUGUUUGACUAAUGACUCCAUAAGAGGUUUUCUCCUCUUGUUCCAAGACUGUCCCAUUUACUCAGGAGCCUUGGAUGAGGGACUCCGUCAAAGCUUUUGGAAGGCCAGUGGGUACAAGGGCUGCUGCAUUACUCUUCAGAAACACCUGGAAACGCCGUCGGGGGAUAAAAUAUAAGCGUGGCUCUGUGUGUCCCAUCGACGUGUGGCCGACUCCCCUAUCAGAAUUACGGAUAUGGGAGGGGCCCAUAGCUCCAUGUGGCAGAGCCCCCCUGGGCUUUGCAGGCAGAAGGUCCCGGGUUCGAUCUCCGGCAUCUUCACGUAGGCCAGGAAAAACUGCCUGAAACCCUGGGGAGUCGCUGCUGCUGCCAGUCAGUGUCGACAGUAUUGGGCCAGGUGGACUGAUGGUCUGACUCGGAAUAAGGCUGUUUCCUUUGUUUCUGACCAGCAAAGGCUUCCGAGAAUUAUAUGUGGGGGGUGGAAAGGGGGCCUAGAAAUGUGCAUUCCGUGCUAAACACACAAUAACUUUUGGCACCCCUGUAGCAUAAAACAGGCUAUAAACUAUUUUAAAAUCA